AUGAUGAAGAACCAAACCUUGGACCUGGAUCUGCUGCAGCUGGAGGGGUUAAAGGUCACCCCCGAGACCUCCGUCCCCGCCUUCGUCUUCCUCCUCCUCAUCUACAUCUUCAUCGUCGUGGCCAACGUGGGCUUGGUGGCGCUGAUCUCCAUGGAGUCGAGCCUCCAUCAGCCCAUGUACCUGCUCUUCUGCAACAUGAGCGUCAACGACGUGUUCGGCGCCUCCACCGUCAUCCCCCGCCUGCUCAGCGACAUCUUCGUCUCCGACCGCUACAUCACCUACACCGACUGCGUGGUGCAGACGUUCUGCUCUCACUUCCAUGCCGCCACCUCCCACACCGUGCUUAUGAUCAUGGCCUACGACCGCUACGUGGCCGUCUGCAGCCCGCUGCAUUAUGCCGCCAUCAUGACGGGCAGGAUGGUGGUGAAGCUGUCCACGGCCGCCUGGAGCACCGCCUUCGUAGUGAUCUUGGUCCUGGUGUUGCUGGACGUGCGGCUGUCGCGCUGCCGGCGGGUCAUCCGCAACCCGUUCUGCGACAACGCCUCGCUCUUCAAGCUCUCCUGCGAAAAUGUGGUGAUCAAUCAAGUGUACGGGAUCUUCACCGCCAUCGGGAUGCUGACGGUGUCGGUGUCGACCAUCAUGCUCACCUACCUGCGCAUCGCCAUCGUCUGUCUGAGCGGCAAGAGCAACGCGGUGAACGGCCGCGCACUGCAGACGUGCGCCACGCACCUCGCCCUCUACGUCGUCCUGCUGCUGUCCGGCUGCACCAUCGUCGCCCUCCACCGCUUCCCGUACCUGUCGGACCAGCGCAAGCUGGCGUCCAUCAUGCUCCACGUAGUUCCUCCGGCUCUGAACGCUGUCAUCUACGGCCUGCAGAUCAAAGCCGUCCGGCAGAAGAUCUUCAUCCUCUUCACCAGGAACAAAAUGACAGUGUUUCAGGUCAAAAGGUGA